AAGAAGAACACCAACAAGAUGGCGAUUGAGUUUGAAAACAACUUUGUUGUGACUGAUUCCAUUGAAAUGUCCUCUUAUUCCUUUGAAAUCGUGUACAACAAGAUGUGCUGGGGAGUCACAACCUCACUAUAAGAUGGAGAAUAAGAAUGUUGAAGAAGAGUUGGCAUCUUUUAGAAGAGAAUGGAAAGAAGAGUUACAUUCACGAGAGAAUGCAGCUGGUAGGCAGUCACCAAAUGUCUCAACAGAAGGAAAGACAAACAAGACGUAUGCUAAGGUCCUUCAAGAAAAAGCACCUGUGAAGACCAAUCAAAGCAAGGCUUUGUGCAAUACACAGACAACAAGUUCUUUGAAAGAGAGUGAUGAUGUUGUCAGUAGUGUAAAAUUGCCACAGUUGGGAGAUAAAGAAGAUGGUAGUGUUAACAUUAAAGAAAAGGCAGAGAAACUUUUUCGAAAAGCAGCAUCACUGGAGAAAAAUGGUCUUGCUUAUGAAGCACUUAAGUUUUACAGAAAAGCAAUCCAGUUGGUGCCAGAUAUUGAGUUCACAAUCACAGACUUCUCCAGCUCUUCAGAUGAGGAAGACCAUUAUGAUGAUGACUAUGUGAUCAAAGAAUCAGCCAUCAACAUUCCUGGGAUUUCCAGUCUAGCACAUGGAAUCCACAAUUUGUCCUUGAGUGGUUUCCACUUGUGUGAAAAGGAAUAUGAGUCAAGGGCAACUCAUAUUUCAGACAUACCAGUUGAACUGUUGAUGUAUAUAUUCAAGUGGGUUGUAUCUACAAGUCUGGACUUCAGAUCCCUUGAGCAAGUUUCUAUGGUUUGCAAAGGUUUUUAUGUCUGUGCAAGAGAUACAGAAAUCUGGAAAUUGGGCUGUCAAAGGAUGUGGGGUGUCAACUGUGGUUCACCUGUUCAGUGGGAUCAUGGUUCAUGGAGGUUGAUGUUUAUUAACAGACCACACCUUUGGACGCAAGGUAUUUAUAUCAGCAAGACAACAUACAUGAGGCCUAGCGAAAAAGUAGAAGACAUCUGGUCAAUGCAGCUUGUCACAUACUACAGAUACUUAAGAUUCUUUAAUGAUGGAGCCGUCCAUGUGGUAACCACUCCAGAUGAGCCUCAGAUUGUGGUUCCCAGAUUUAGCCAGCCAGGUCUCUCAAUGAUGCAAGGCCACUACAAAAUCCUGGGAAACAAGGUGGUGAUAAUAUUAGAUGUGGACUCACCCAUUGACAGUCACUACAGGGCAAGGAAAGGAAAACGUUCUGGCCAUUCCAAGCUCCUUGAGAAUACUUUUCGCAUGGAACUGGAAAUAAGAAGCACAAGCCGUCGACGUCGUCACAACCAGUUGAAAUGGGUACGAUACACUCACUGCAAGACAUACAGGGAUACAGGGCAAACAGUGGUGUCAGAGUUUGACAUUACGUCACAGUUCCCACCAUUUUCUUACUCACCUGUUCGUAGCUACACCCAGACUGCACUGGCUCCAUUAGUGUGAUGCUCAUUAUGCCAGGGAGUAUCCAUGUCACCCCUUUACAGUGACAGUUUAAUCCUUACCUGCUUGCCUCUUUGGGGAGAAGAGGGACGGGGAGAAAUUGUUGUGAUAAAAAUAAAGAGUGAUCAUUCUGACCCAUUAUGGGAAAUCUGGCAUACGCCGCUGAUUAUACAUGUAUUAUUAUUAUUAUUACCAGAGCCUGGUUGUACAAAGCCUGUAUAGCGCUAUCCGACGGAUAAAUCUUAUCCAGUGGAUAAAUUUAUUGGAUAACAGCAUAAGGCAUAGUGGAUAAGGAUUUAUCCACCAGAUAGCGUUAUCCAGGCUUCGUACAACCGGGCCCAGUACAUUUAUGUUACAGUAAAUAUAUCUAUUCCCAGAAAAAAGGAUUAAAGUAAGAAGGCUUCAUUCUUUUAGACUUCUUUAACUAAAAGAAACUAUGAAGAAAGGAAAGAAGAAAAAAACAAUUGAAGGAAAUAAAGGCCAAAAAAAAUACAAAUUUCAUACUCAAAAGUAAAAAAAAAAAACUAAAAAGGCGUACAUAAGACUGUAAUUACAAUCAUGUCUGUCACUACAUUUUCUUAUAUUUCUAUAUUACAUGUAGUUUUAUUUUUCAAUAAUUAAUGUGACAGCAAAUAAAGAGAGAAUUCCUUCUCUGUCACUGUAUUACAGUCAAUGGUGUACUUACUACAUUACUAGCAUUACAUGUAUUGAAAUAAAAUUUUUAAAAAAGCA